GUUGCAGCAGCCAGUGGUCACACUGUGGUGUUAGUAGACCAGUCAGAUGAAAUCCUUAAAAAGUCUACAAAAGGAAUUGAAGAGAGUUUGAAGAGAGUGACAAAGAAGAAGUUUGCAGAUAAGCCUGAGGCUGGUGCUGAGUUCAUUGAGAAGACCUUAAAGAACAUCACAACAAGCACAGAUGCAGUAGCAGUGGUCCACAGCACGGAUCUGGUGAUAGAAGCCAUUGUGGAGAACCAGGAAAUAAAAAAUGAACUCUUCAAGAGGCUGGAUAAGUUUGCUCCAGAGCAUACAAUAUUUGCAAGCAAUACUUCAUCCUUGCAAAUCACACAGUUGGCUAACUCAACCACCAGGCAGGACCGAUUUGGUGGUCUCCAUUUCUUCAAUCCUGUGCCUAUGAUGAAGCUUGUGGAG